CGCUGUGCCGGGGCAGGACAGCACAUGCUCCCCCGGCCUGCGCGCCUCCAGCACACACAGCCAGCCUCGUCCGCCCCACCAUUACCCAGCAUUCCCCGCACACAGUUCACGCGAGCUCCCCGAUACAUAGCACAGCCUCGGCUCUGCGUCGCCUUCUGUGUAAAGGGCGCCCGAGAGAAUUCUCCGUGCAAGCCGCUCCUCACAUACGGAUGAAAUGGCUGAACUUUUGAUGGAAUGUGAGGAGGAAGAACUUGAACCAUGGCAACAACAAGAUAAAGAUAAUGAUGACGAUGAAGAUGAUGAUGAUGAACUUAUCUUUGUUAGUGAAAUUAGUGGUUCAAAAACCACCAACACAAGCAAUUCUUCAGGGGCUCAGCCUACUUCAGUUGGAAGGGCUGAGAAUGGAACACCUGCAAGAGGCACCAACACUACAUUUCAAUCGCCAAAUAAAAACUACAAACCCACUACUGCAGCACACAGUGUUACUAAUGUCAAUCAACCCUUUGCAUCUAUGUAUCAACCUGUUAGUAGACAAGCGGUUAGUUCUGCUAUUGUUCAACCACUACCAAGACCUGUUGGCAUACAAGAACCAGUAAGAAGACCUAUUGGUGGAGGAAUUCCAUUUCAGCAGCCACCAAGACCAAAUCCGGUUAUGCAGCCUAUUUGCAGGCCUGUGCCAUUCACACCAAACAGUCCACCAGUAUGUCGAAACAUCACAUUUCCCACUGUGUCACAACAGCCCAUUCGUCCUGUUGCAACCAUCCCGGCACAGCCUGUAAUGUUAAACCAGGGUUAUAUUAUGACCUCUCCCCAGGUUUCUGCUAAUAACGCCCAUAACGUAUUGUAUGCUUUGCGGCCGAGUACAACAUUAACUCAAUAUCAAGGUGUGCAGACACUUACCGCAACAGGAAAUUCUACUCCGUUAAUUCGACCACUACAACCCUUACACCAAAUCCGCCCAGUUUCUACACCAGCAAGGACAACACCCACUUUCAUUUAUAGGUCUCCUCCUCCUACCCCAUCGAUGCCGCAAAACAACCUAAUACCAGUACUUCAACAGCCUUUACUGCAGAACUCCCAGAAAACCCAACAAACUAUCCUUACACAAAGCUCCUCAGCAAACAUAGGUCGAAAUGAAAAUUCACCAGUUGGGAAACGACCAUCAGAUACUAUUGAUCUCACAGAUGAUCCACCGAAAAAGCAAAAAACGAACGAAAAUAUAGCAGAUAGAAGGCCUGUUGGAGCUUCUCCCACAGUACCUAUGUCUAUGCCUGGGAGACAACAGCAAACUACUCCAUUGCAGGAUACACCCACAAAAGCUAAUGCAGGCCCCGGUUCAGGAACAACUCCAACAAAAAAUGGAAUGCCUUUUCCUCGAGCUUGUCCGAAAUGCAAUAUACAUUUCAACCUUUUGGAACCCAUGAAGAACCAUAUGAGGUAUUGUUGUCCAGAAAGGAUGCAACUUUUUUUCCCCGGUAUAGGAAAUGUAGAGUUUUCAAGACCACAAAAUAUAACAGAGGAGAAUGACAAAGGAAAACUAAUCAUGCUGGUCAGUGAAUUUUAUUAUGGAAAGCAUUCUGGGGACCCUCUGCUGGUACAACAAGACCAGAAGACAAACACAACUUUCAAAUGUUUCAGCUGUCAAAAAGUUCUCAAAAACAAUAUAAGGUUCAUGAACCACAUGAAGCAUCACUUGGAACUUGAGAAGCAAAGUACAGAAAGUUGGGAAAACCACACAACCUGCCACCACUGUUAUCGCCAGUUUCCAACUCCCUUUCAGCUGCAGUGCCACAUUGAAAGUUCACACACGCUCUAUGAAUCCACAACCAUGUGCAAGAUAUGUGAAUUAUCCUUUGAAUCUGAGCAGGUCCUGUUGCAGCAUAUGAAGGAUAAUCAUAAGCCUGGAGAAAUGCCAUAUGUUUGCCAGGUGUGCAAUUAUAGGACUUCAGUUUUUACAGAUCUCGAUAAUCAUUUUCGAAAUGUCCACGAAAACACUAAAAGUUUGCUGUGUCCAUUUUGUCUGAAAGUUAUUAAAUCUGGAACUCCAUUCAUGCAGCAUUACAUGAAGCACCAGAAUAAAGGCGUGUAUAGAUGUACAAAGUGCAGGCUGCAGUUUUUGUCUUGCAAAGAAAAAAUGGAUCACAAAGCUCAGCAUCACAGAACAUUCAGAAAGCCAAGACAACUAGAAGGUCUUCCUCCGGGAACAAAGGUCACAAUCCGAGCAACUUCUGGAGGCAAUACAGACUCUGAUUCCUCUCCUACCACUUCCACUCCAAGAAAUCCACCAUCCACUCCGAGAAAUCCUCCUUCCUCUCCCAGAAAUCCUCCUUCCUCUCCCAGAAAUCCCCCUUCCUCUCCUAGAAAUCCUCCCUCCUCUCCUAGAAAUCCUCCCUCCUCUCCUAGAAAUCCUCCCUCCUCUCCUAGAAAUCCUCCUUCCUCUCCUAGAAAUCCUCCUUCCUCUCCUAGAAAUCCUCCUUCCUCUCCUAGAAAUCCUCCUUCUUCUCCUAGAAAUCCUCCAUCUUCUAGAAGUCCUCCCUCCAUUCCCAGAAAUCCUCCUUCCACUCCUAUAAAUCCUCCUUCCACUCCUAUAAAUCCUCCUUCCACUCCUAUUAUACCUCCCUCUACUCCGAUUAAUCCUCCCUCUACUCCGAUUAAUCCUCCCUCCACUCCACCCAGGCCACCCACCCAGUUCCUGCCUUUAACAGCACCUAAGCCAAUUCCUAAACUCAAGACUAAAGGUCCUAAGAACAAUCAGGUUUCUCUACUGAAAGUAAAAACGCUGUCAUCUAAACCCAAAUCACCUCCAAAGAAGUCUGCGACUCCAAAAACUACAAAAAGAAUCAAGACGACCAAUACAGCAUUGCGAAAUUUAAGGUACAUUCCUGGGUUACAUAAAUGCAUCGAAUGUCAUCGUCAAGUGGUGGAUUUUGAGGGUCAUUACCACACUUAUGUCCACUGCAGCAAAUGCAAGUUCAGUACCAGCUGCAAUAAAGCUUACACUAGCCACAUGCAGAGAUUCCAUGGCAGGAAUUCCAGCAAAAAAUCCAAAGCUUUGAAAAAACAUCCUAAGGAUAAAAGGCGUAUAACCGUAGUAUGCCUGAACUGUGAUUUCAUGACCGAUCUUUCUGGAUUAGAUGAUAUGACCAAACAUUUAAGUGAAAGUCACACUCAUUCGUGCCAAGUGGUUACAGAGAAUGUUUCCAUAUUUUCCUCAACUCAUGAAGGAGACAUGUCUAAAUCAAGACUUCAUCUUCCAGUAGAGCAAGUUAAAAUUGGUAAUCAGGAAGAAAACACGGACUCCGACAAUUAUGCAGUAACAGUUGAAAGCGUAGAGAACAAGCUCACGACUGAGGCAACCGAAAGUGAAAGUGAUGCAUGUGGAAAUUGUAGGACCUCCCAAGGCCAAAGAAGCACAUUGUUAGUUAGCAGUGAAAUGACUAAUGUUGAGCAUGUAGAUGUGACCACUGAGAGUUCAGAAAGCGGUUCUCCAGAUCCAGAAGAAGCAGCUCAGCUGAUGGAUACAGACAGUAAUGACAACAUUGUCCUCACUGAAGAGAAGGGGCCUUGUAAAGACCCUAUACCAGAGAUUGAUGAGCCUUCUGAUAAUGAAGCAGCCAUUACAGAUGUUUAUGAAGUAAUGUCUUCUCCUAUGGAAGCUGAAGAUCAACAAGAUUUAAACCCUGAUGAUCAUAGCAUUGGUUUUGAACAGUUUUUAAGAAAGGAUGCAGCAGACUCUGUAAGUUCUGAUGUCAGUGAACCUAGUAGUCUACAUUUGGAUCCCUUAACACCUUCUGAGGUGUUGGAACAUGAGACCACUGAGAUAUUGCAAAAGGGGGCCGGUAAUGUCUGUAUACAGACUGGAUCAAGUGAUGAGAAAGCGGAAGAAGGUAGAGACAGUUGUACAGAUAUAUCCAAUGCUCUUCAAACUGAAAAAAAAACUGAAGAUGCUUUGUAAAAGCUUGGGACAUUCCAGGAUUAUCCACUACUGUUUGAAUGCAUGGUCAAAGACCCAUGGACUUUAUCUCCAAUCACUGCUGAAUAUUCACUGUGUUUAGGAGGCAAGGCUUGGAAAACUUGAUGACCUUUUUCCCUUACUGCUCUUAAUCAUCAGUAUUAGGAGUGAACAUAACAGGGCAGCUAGGGAGGAAGGGGACCGUAUGGUAAUACAUUUCACUCUGACUUGAUUAUCCUUGGACAUAUAGAUUUUGUAUGUUUCAGUAUCCUACCACAACUACCGGUAUACAGGAUAAAACAUUAAUACUUUUUUAAUGUUAAAAAUUUCUAUGGAAAGUAUUGGGCUGUAACAGCUGUGAUACUUUGAAUGUCAGUCAAUUUGUUUAAGACUAUACAUUUAGUUUUAAAAUAUUUUACUUUGAAAAGUAACAAAUUUACACAUCUCUGAACGGGUGUAAUCCUGUCAUCCAGCUGACCUUAUUUUAAACUUUCAAUGAAAGUGGAAAAUACUUUGUUGACAUGAAUGUGUAUAUAAUCUUAAUUAUAUUUAGGAAAUAUUUCACAUUGGCGUUUUCUUUUUUUUUUUUUUUCUUAUUGGACCAAUUAAAAUCCAGAGAACAUAUGUCAAAUGUGUUUUGACAAUGGCAAAUAGCAUAUCUAUUGCAGUCCAUGCUGCAGCAUUGGGCUUGGAAGCAUAGUGGACCCAGUAUAGGUUGAGAAAAUGUGCUGCAAAGGUCUGAUUAUUAUUUUUAUUUUUUUUUGUACAAAAAGGAAUAGUAUUAACAAUUGGAUGAAUACAAUAAUGUAUACAUAGACAAGCAACUUGUGCCACAUUACUAUACUACCCUGCAGUAUUAGUUAUAGGUUCAGAAUGGCAGAUGUUUCAGUAAUCAUGCCUUUAAGAUGGAGCUUUGAAUGCUUGGUCUCUGUCUUCUAUAGCUGUGCCUAUGGCAGGUGAUAUUAAUGUGCCUAUAGUGAUGCCAGUAGUAAGGAAAACAGAUAAUGCAGUCUCCUUAGAAGAAUCAUUAAGAAUAGAAGCUUCAGUUUGAAGGGGCCGUCUUGUACAGUCAUUAAUAUUGCUACAAACUCAAUUUGGUGAUUUAAAAGCUACUCCUAAAUGGAUGGCUGCCUUAAAAGGAUGUAGGUAAUAAGACAUGCCAAAGGCAGAAUGAUAACAAAAUAAUGUUUCUUAUUCGUACAUUACAGGACACAGGAUCCUAGUCAUGGAGCAUUGGGUAAGGGCCCUUUCACACCGGUGUGUUUUUGCCGUGUUUUCGCGGUAAAAAUAGCGCUAUUA